AUGGACGCAAUCAAGACGUACACGUACAAGUCAGGGGCUGUCUACGAGGGCACCUUCGAUGGCAACGUGCGCUCCGGACGCGGUCACUGGACUCACCCCCAGGGAGAGACGUACGAGGGUGAGUACGAUGACAACAGGCAGAACGGCCUCGGCAUCUACAUCUUCUCCGAGACAGGCAAGAAGUACCUCGGCAACUGGGCGGCUGGGCAGAUGAACGGUGAGGGUCUGUACUUCUUCAACCGUGACGGCACGGCUUACUACUUUGGUAACUACACCAAAGACAAGAAGGAUGGCGACGGCCACUACAUGUACGAGACUGGCGUUAUGACGGCGCAGAAGUGGGACAUGGGCACGCUGGUGAGGGAAGAGGAGGCGCCGCCAUCCGAGAUUGUAGAGUGCGCGGUGAGGAUAAAGAAGCUGAUGGACGCCGUGCGCGCGGUGGCACCGAAGGAAAUGGGCGAGAUACCGCCUCCUUCAGAAGUGCGCACCUUUCAAUUCCCUUCCGGCGCCACGUACACGGGCCAGUACUUUGGAACCAAGAAGCACGGCCGUGGCUACUGGCUACACCCAGAGGGCGAUAGCUACGAGGGUCAGUUCGACAACAACCACCAUAGCGGCUGGGGCGUCUACGUGAUUGGUCGCAGCGGCAAGAAGUAUGUGGGCCACUGGCGCAACGGCAAGAUGAACGGCAUUGGUGUGUACUUCUUCAACCCGCAGGAGACAGAGUUCUAUGUAGGCUUGUACCGCGAUGACGUGAAGAAUGGCCGCGGCAUGUACCAUUUCGCUGAGAGCGGCGUUAGCAUGGUUCAGAUGUGGGAGAACGGCGUGCUGCGACAGGAGACGGAGGCUGACAAGGCCACCGAGGAGGAGUAUGAGGCUGGUAUUCGCAAGAUCAUAGAGACAGUAAAGCCCUUUGCACCGAACUACGAGCCGGUGGGGUUCGCCUCCUAA